GCCACCAUUAUUGGUCAAAACUUGUAUAUCUCAAUAAUGGGGUGCCAAAACUCGAAGUUGAAUGCAGACGUAUUGGCCAUACCUCCAAAACUACGUCCCAUUUUAUGGCGAAAAUUUGAGGAGUUACGGAGUCGACGUAGAAACGGCGUCGUUGGUGGUACUACAAUCUCCAAGAAAGAGCUUUUGAAAGAUAAUAAAGUCUACUUGUUACCUUCGUCCAUUGAUGAAAAUGAGAGCAGAAAAUCAAUAUCGAUGGAUGAUAGUGUAUCUUCUUCUGGGUCACGACCAAAACCAGAGAAGAACGUGUCUAAGGAGGAGAAAACAAAGCCAGAAACCAUGGAGGAAACUGAUGAUAAAACAAUUAAGGAGGAUGAUAAUGAAGAGUGGAAUAUUGAAAAAGAUAGCAGAGUGGCAAAGGCUGAUGAGGCUGUAGAGAAAAUGGCGGUGGUAGAGGAAGGAGGAGAGGAGGAGGAGGAGGAAGAAGAAGAAGAGGAGAGAGGAAAUCUAUGUCCAGGAUCACCAAGCUUCAGAGUGUAUUUCAUCGAAGCAUCAUUGGGUGAGAAGGACAAUGGUAAGUGUAAAUAUGUAUAUAUAGUAUUUGACAAUAUAUAACACCAUGCAUGCAUUGUUAUUAAGCACU